AGAAAUGGAAAUUUUGGGGAUGGCUUGUCCUGAUGUGGAUGCAGAGAGUGUGUAGGGGGGAAGGUAUUUUGGAGUCUCGCUGGGUGUUGCUGUGAUCAGAAGGCUGCCUGGACUUGCCUGGAAUGGUUAUUUAAGCAAUUUCAAACAUGGGACCGCAACAGGCAGCCACUUGUCAAAUGCAGCUUCAGAAAUGACAACAACAACCACUGCCACCUUGCUGGACGCUGACAAUUCAAGCAGCUACCCAUACGAGUACUUGGACGAGGAAGAUUACAUGCAGUAUAGCCUCUGCACAAAAGAAGAGAUACUCUCUUUUAGCAGAGUAUUCUUGCCCUCUUUUUACACUGUGGUCUUCCUGGUUGGCUUGGCCGGUAACAUUCUACUGUUUAUUGUCCUCAUUUUAUACAUCAAGAAGAAAAAGAAGAUGACUGAAGUGUAUCUGCUGAACCUGGUAGUUUCAGACUUCUUCUUGCUACUAACCCUUCCUUUUUGGUCUCUGUACAUUUCUCAGUGGGUGACCUGGGACAUGUUGUGCCCGGUCUUAAAUGCCAUGUACACUGUGAAUUUCUACAGUGGUAUCUUUUUUGUGAGCUGUAUGAGCCUGGACAUGUAUCUGCAGAUAGUUCAUGCUUGCUCUUCUCACAGCUCCAUGACACGGAGGAAGUCCAUCCUCGUCUUGGUGGUAGUAUGGGUCCUUUCCAUACUUCUCUCCGUUCCUGAUGGCCUUUUCACCACCACAAGGCAAAUCCACAACAAAACCAUAUGCACCCAUGAUUAUGGUCAGAAACACUUAUUUUGGAAAGUUGUCUUUCGGGUCAUUCAAAACAUCCUGGGUUUCCUUUUUCCCUUCCUCUUCAUGGUGUUCUGCUAUUCCCGCAUAGCGUGUGUCCUCACCAUGUCUCAGAUGCCUGGCUCAAGGAGAGCACUCUGCUUAGUCUUUACUCUGGUGGGUGUCUUCUUUGUCCUGUGGUCCCCUUACAACUUUGUUCUCAUCCUUCACUCCCUGCAAGAUGUCGGUGUGAUCAGGAGCUGUGAAAGCAGUAGACAAUUGGACUAUGCCAUGCAGAUCACAGAGAGUUUGUCCUUUAUCCACUGCUGUCUCAACCCCUUGCUCUAUGCUUUUGUGAAGAAACGAUUCAGGUUAUAUUUAUGGAAGAUCCCUCGGGCCAUUUUCAGGAGAAGCGGUUUCUUUGACAUCCAACCCUCGGAUACAAGCCAGUCAUGCAGCAGAUAUGCAGCUGAGAUAGAAAUGUUGAGCAUCACAAAUGCAUGAUAAAUAUUUACAUUAUUUACAUUACGUGUAUGCCCUCUAUGUUGUAUUUUACUGGUUCUGUCCAUGCAAUGGAAUUGGUGUGAGCCCACAGCUCUGCGUGACCAGAUAUUUCGUCCUAGUGCCAGAAUCUAGAUGAGGAUUUUCUACACUGGGAUUAGAAAAAAAUGUGUGGGAUUUGUUUCUGUUGUAACUGGAAUUAUUAUAAAAGGAUUGCCCUGGAUUUAUGCUCAUGGAAGCCCAGCUCAUGUGUGGACUAUGUGAGGCAUUAGUGGAUGAAGGAGCAGCUUGUCUAGAUGCUGUGCCCUUAAAAAUGCAAACUGAAACUUGUGCAGAACUUCUCCCACAGAUCCCAAAGGAGUUGGUAGAGGAGAGCGAUCCCAUUAUCGCUCCAGCUCAUGGUGUGGGCUGGGGCAUGGAUUUGCUGUGCUCAUCUAUCAGGCCAGACACUGGUGGCCAGAAGUCCACCCUGGGGGGUGGCUUUGCUUCUCCUGGCUUUUGCCAUCUGCCAGGUAAAUAUGUUCAACCAGGCUCAUCCCUUUGUCUAUCAGGAGACAACAGGAGGAAUUAGACACCUUCAAACUGGGUUGUCUGACCAAUGAUGGGUUUCUCUGUUACGAUGAGCUGUGCCAUGCUCUGGUCUGCUGAGCAGGAAACUGAGUCUUUCCGAGGGAUAGAUCCUUGGUUAGAGAUCAGUUCGAUUAUCAACUGAUUUAAGAUCAGUUCAAUUAGCAACAAAGUUCAAACCAGUAACAACCAGUGAGAAAGAGAAAAAAAAGUGGGCUCAGCAGAAUGGGAGUGGAGGUAUUUGCCUUCCCGAAGAUCCGUAUUGACAAGUUAAAAAAGAUCCAUGGAUACCGUCGUUAACGUAAAUAUUCGCUUUGCAACACCGCAGAGUGAGAGCAUGGCCUUGAACAGAAGAGCAUGUAGUUGUUAGCCAAUACUUAUUACCCAGUGUAGCUUUAAAGUUCAAGCUUAUUAAUUUGCUAACCUUCAUUUAAAGGUACUAUUCACGCCAAAUACUCUUGAACCUUAAAUGGGCCCUUUCCAGCCUGGAAACCUAUUGAGCAUGAGAGUUGCCUAGAAUUGUACAAAUAAAAUUAAUAAUUUAAGAGAAAACACCUAUCACUUUAAUUUUAUUACUAGACAAGGUUACUGGACCGAGAAUUGCUUCGAUUGAUGAUGUAGAAAGUUGGAUUUGUUUUCACUGCUGUUAUUUUUUUUUGUCAACAUUGCUACAGCGUGUUUCCAAAAUGGUAAGGCUGGGAGCUUUCCUUAAAAAAAAAAAGCCAGAAUAAAUAUUUGGCUGAUGCUAUGAUGUGGCCU